AUGGAAGGGGGGUGGCCCACUGGAGGCGGACUCCUCCUCUGCCUCACUGUCAGCCUUUUGCUUCAAGGAAGAGGUGACACUUUCACCAUCAAUUGCUCAGGCUUUGACCAGCUUGGGGUGGAUCCUGCUGCCUUCCAAGCAGCAUUUGACAGAAAGACCUUUCGCCCAGUCAUCAACUAUAGCAACCCCACUCAAGUCAACAUCUCCUUCACCCUGUCUGCCAUCCUGGAAGUGGAUGCACAGCUCCAGCUUCUGACAUCCUUCCUGUGGAUUAAUUUGGUAUGGGACAAUCCUUUCAUCAAUUGGAACCCAGAAGAGUGUGUUGGCAUCCAGAAACUUACUGUAUCAGCAGAAAACCUGUGGAUCCCAGAUAUCUUCAUUGUGGAAGCCAUGGAUGUGGAUCGGGCACCUUCAGGUCUCUCCGCAUAUGUCAGCAGUGAAGGUCGAAUAAGGUACGAUAGGCCGGUGCGGGUGACCAGCAUCUGUAACCUGGACAUCUUCUACUUCCCUUUUGACCAACAGAACUGCACUUUCACCUUCACUUCCUUCCUCUACACAGUGGACAACAUGCUUCUGGGCAUGAACAAGGAAGUGUGGGAGAUAGCAGACACGUCUCGUGACAUCCUUCAGACCCAGGGAGAGUGGGAGUUCCUGGGCAUCAACAAGGCCACCCCGAGGCUGUUGGUGGGCAACAGUGUAUAUGACCGGAUCAUCUUCUACGUGGCCAUCAGGCGCAGACCCAGACUCUAUGUCAUAAACCUUCUGGUGCCCAGUAGCUUUCUGGUUGCCAUCGACGCCCUCAGCUUCUACUUGCCAGCAGAAAGUGGAAACCGCGCCCCAUUCAAGAUAACCCUUCUGCUGGGCUACAACGUCUUCCUGCUUAUGAUGAAUGACUUACUCCCUGCCAGCGGCAGCCCCCUCAUCAGUGUCUACUUUGCUCUCUGUCUGUCCCUGAUGGUGCUCAGCCUGCUGGAGACCAUCUUCAUCACCUACAUGCUGAACCUGGCCACCACCAAGCCCCCACCCAUACCCCCGUGGCUCCAUUCCCUGCUUCUGCACUGCACCAGCCCAAUGAAAUGCUGUCCCACUGCUCCCCAGAAGGGAAACAAGGACCUGGGCCUCACCCCCGCCCACCUGCCUGGUCUGAAGGAGCCUGUGGAGUUUGUGGGGAAGUUGCCGAGUCCCCAAGAGGCAGAGUUAAACGGGUCCCCUGUGUCAGCAAGGGGCCAGCAGGAAGACAAAGCUCAACAGCAGCACUUAGUCAGCCUAUGGGUGCAGUUCAGCCACAUGAUGGACACCCUGCUGUUUCGCCUCUACCUGCUCUUCAUGGCCACCUUUGUCAUCACGGUCAUCGUCCUCUGGAACACCUAG